AUGUGGCGCUACCGACGUAUGUUGAGGGUCUCAUAUAUACACCACACAAGUGACAUAACUAUUCUCCAGAGGCUAAGAAAAGGCAAAGAAUUUAUUAAUGCCAUAAAAAACAUAAAAUUGGUUUACUUCGGCCACAUCAUGCUUAAUGAUAAAUACCGACUUCUACAGUUGAUUCUACAGGGCAAGAUUGAGAGUAAGAGAAGCCCUGGACGGAGACGUAUAUCCUGGCUGGCCAAUCUUAGAAAAUGGACUGGUCUAACGUCAACUAAUCUAUUUCGAGCUGCUGUGAAUAGAAUAAGAUGGGUCAACUGUGAUCGCCAACAUCUCUAGAAGAUAG